CCCCGCCCCGCAGCCCCGCAGCAUGGCGGCCGUGGAGCCCCGCGCCUGCGAGACGGCGGGGUGCAGCAGCGAGGCCAAGCUGCAGUGCCCCACCUGCCUCAAGCUGGGCAUCCAGGGAUCCUACUUCUGCUCGCAGGAAUGCUUUAAGGGAAGCUGGGCCACUCAUAAGUUAUUACACAAGAAAGCAAAAGAUGAAAAAGCUAAGCGUGAAGUUUCCUCUUGGACCCUGGAAGGUGACAUUAACACGAAUCCCUGGUCUGGUUAUCGAUACACUGGUAAACUCAGGCCACACUAUCCACUGACGCCAACAAGACCUGUGCCAAGUUAUAUUCAGAGACCGGAUUAUGCUGAUCACCCACUAGGAAUGUCUGAAUCGGAACAGGCUUUAAAAGGAACCUCUCAAAUAAAAAUACUCUCAUCUGAGGAUAUAGAAGGGAUGCGAGUAGUGUGUAGACUUGCUAGGGAAGUAUUGGAUGUUGCUGCCAUGAUGGUGAAAGCAGGUGUAACUACUGAAGAAAUCGAUCAUGCUGUCCAUUUAGCUUGUAUUGCAAGGAACUGCUAUCCUUCCCCUCUGAAUUAUUAUAAUUUCCCUAAGUCUUGUUGUACAUCAGUGAAUGAAGUAAUCUGUCAUGGAAUUCCUGACAGGAGGCCAUUGCAGGAGGGAGAUAUUGUUAAUGUGGAUAUUACUGUCUAUCGUAAUGGCUACCAUGGUGAUCUGAACGAGACAUUUUAUGUUGGAGAAGUUGAUGAGGGUGCAAGGAGGCUUGUCCAAACAACUUACGAGUGCCUAAUGCAAGCCAUCGAUGCAGUAAAACCUGGUGUUCGGUACAGAGAAUUGGGAAACAUUAUUCAGAAACAUGCUCAAGCAAAUGGAUUUUCAGUGGUUCGGAGCUACUGUGGUCAUGGAAUCCAUAAACUUUUCCAUACAGCCCCCAACGUGCCACAUUAUGCCAAAAAUAAGGCAGUUGGAGUCAUGAAGCCAGGUCAUGUAUUUACCAUUGAACCAAUGAUCUGUGAAGGUGGUUGGCAAGAUGAAACAUGGCCUGAUGGCUGGACUGCGGUAACAAGAGAUGGAAAGCGAUCUGCCCAGUUUGAACACACUCUUCUGGUCACCGAUACAGGCUGUGAGAUCUUGACUCGGCGGCUGGAUAGUAUUCGUCCCCAUUUUAUGUCUCAGUGAUAGUCUAGACUGAGCAGGCGGAUCUGAACAAUACACAUAUUCUUUUUUUGUCUCUGUACUAUGCAUUUUUUAAAAAGUACAGAUUAGAGAUUUCAUCAUUUACUUUGUUCUCAGCGAUUGUAGAUAAGAGGAUUAUCUUGAAGAACUUGACCUGAUAUCUGGAAAAGCAGAGAGGAAUUUGAUUUCCUGCUUUCCUCCUACCUUCAGCACUCAUGCUAUACUUUACUUUUUUUUCUUCAACUAUCUCUUUAGCACCUUUCUUCCAAUUAGAACCACAAUUGCUUCUGUUGCUGCCACGAUAUUAACUAGAAAAGUGUGGGUAACCUUUCCCACUGGGACUUGAUAUUUUGGGAUCCAGGUUUUUUUCACCAUUCAGUGUGCCCUGUCUCUCUCAGUAGGUGAGUGGCACCUGAGAUUUUAAGCAUUUAUAGUUCCAAAGACUUGCUCCUACUUUUGCAGCUACUGUUGUAAUGGGCUGGGUCUUGUUUGUUUAUCAGUUGAGGGGCCAGAGAGAAAGACAUGCAUAUUGCCGAGAAUGGGCUACUCUUACCUUUAUUUCAGUCCUGGUCUCUCUGCUGAUGGCCUCUGUGGUGAUUGUGCCUGUAGGUGACACAGUUUUAAUAGCCGGACUUGUUUCUCUUGCUGGAGAUUUGAUAGUAAGGGCUUCCCACAGAUAAAAGUAAUAAAUUCUGUCUCAUAUGCAGCUCCCUGGAAUAAGCUGCUUCUCGGUGAAGCAGUGUUUGCAGGCAAUUCCCUGCUCCAAAAGCUUAGUGAAGCUGAUGUAUCAGACUUGGCUAGGGAAAGGAAUGAAACAAGAACCAGAAAGAUCCCAUGUUUUGUGUGUUAGCUGUGGGGUGUUUUUUUUAAAGGUACAUCCACAGUAACUGGGGGGGGAUUGGAUUUGCAAGACUUCAGUGAAAUGAGUAUGGAUCUCAAAACAAGUUUUGAGUGUGAGAAAACCAGACACCUUCAACGCUGUAUUAAUUUCCAUUUGGCAAUUUUUAAACAGGUCAUUUUACCCACCUCAGUUAAGUGAGCUUCAUGCUUUUGGAGUGGUAGGGAGGCAGCUAUGAAAACUGAUCUUUUUCCCCUAGACUGGGUAUGAUGUGCGCACUGUGAGUAUAUACACCCCUUUAUUGUCUGCUAAUGGGUCAUGAUGAGCUGGAACCUGUCAUGUUAAGGACAUGUGGAUUGAUUAAGCCUUUCUUCUUUCUACCCUUUCUUUCCCCAUGCCCAUUUCCUUUCCAUCCUCUUUGUCUCUGCUGAGGGAAUUAAUGUUUCCUUCUGAAUUGUAAUGUAAAACUUUCCAGACCCCACUGCAGCCGUAGUCUUACACCACUGUAAUGCAAGAAAUAGCUAAACCAACACAGACAUUAAAUCAUACAAUCAUGGGCAUAAAAUACACCUUUUACAAGGUGUCUGGUGAAUUUCUUGCCACGUUAGACCUAAGCAUAUGAGGUACCGCGUAUCUUCAACUCCCCUUGGCACUGCAGAACUUAGGUGGGGGGGGAAAGGGUUCAGUGCUUCAUAGAACUGGACUCGUGCUACCAAAUACCAAAUUUGCCAGAAAAUGUCUUCUCUGCCCUGAGUGCCUCAGACCUCUGUUGCUGUAAGAGUAUCAUUGCGAUGUUUUCAUUACCUUUUAUUAUUAUUUUUAAUUAUGCAGUAAAGUGACCUGAAACGAUGCAUAUUGAGCGUGUGCGUGCGUGUAUGCCUGUGUGCGUGUGUAUAGAUUUUUACCAAACGGACUGUAGGACUUGAGUGGAAUUACCUGUGCUGAAUGAGAUGUAACGUAUUGAGAUGACUGUCCUGGAGGUUUGCCCACCAUAUCAUUCACUCGAAUGGUUACAAUGGUCUUGCCUUUUUCUGUAUGUGUGUG